AAUAAUGAAAGACAGAACAGCAAGCAAACCAUGGCCAAGCUUCAUGAUCACCGUCCUUGUCUUAAAGACCUGUUUCAUUCUCAUCAUUGAUCUAACCAUGUGCAUCCGACCCAGCAAUACACACACUUUUUUAUAACUAUUCAAUUCAAUUUAACCAGCCCCAACUCACAAAGCAUUGAUAAAAGGACCAUAACUACCAACUAACUAUCACCAAAUCUCACUUUUCAAAUCCAAAACCAAAACCCAAAGAAACUCUUCGAAAAACUCACUCUUCACCCGCACGCGUUUAAAGACACCAUCGCACGUGCUACUUUUUUGUCAUUUUUCCACGUGUCAGCCCCAGACCCCACCGGAGCUAUAACCGCUUUCUUUCCAUAUUUUUGGGCUUUAGCACCCAAAAUCUAUUUUCCACGCUCUCUUUAUACUUUUCCUUCAAUUAAAGAUAUUUUCUACUUGUCACUUCUGAUAGAAGAAAGUUGUUAAUUUGUUAUCGUAACGAAUUACAGUUACAAAAUGGAAGGAACUUUCAAUUUCAACGAUAAUUCAACUUCCGCUUUCAGCGACUGCAACAGUGACAGAUCUGGCGAAUUCAUCACAACUUCUACACAAAACCGACGCCUUCUGAUUUCAUGUGUUUCUGAUAAUAACUCCGACGAACUCAUUCGCCGGUUAGUUCUCGAUCUUCAAUCAUGUUCGAUUGAUCAACAAAAACAAGCUACAAUGGAAAUCAGAUUACUCGCUAAAAACAAGUCAGAUAACCGUCUCAGAAUCGCGAAAGCCGGCGCUAUUAAACCGUUAGUUUCGCUUUUAUCUUCGCCGGUGGUGGACCUUCAGCUGCAAGAAUACGUCGUCACUGCAAUUUUGAAUCUCUCGUUAUGUGACGAGAAUAAAGAUAUUAUUGCUUCUUCUGGAGUGAUUAAGCCUAUGGUGAGAGCAUUGAAGAUAGGAACUCCAACGGCGAAGGAGAAUGCGGCAUGUGCUCUGCUUCGUCUCUCGCAGACAGAGGAAAACAAAGCGGCAAUUGGAAGAUAUGGAGGUAUUCCGCCAUUGGUGAACCUUCUAGAAAAUGGAGGUAUCCGCGGGAAGAAAGACGCGUCGACGGCGUUGUAUACGCUUUGUUCAGUGAAGGAGAAUAAAAUUAGAGCGGUGAAAGCUGGGAUAAUGAAGCCGUUAGUGGAAUUGAUGGCGGAUUUGGAUUCUAACAUGGUGGAUAAAUCGGCGUAUGUGAUGAGCAUGUUGGUGACGGUUAUGGAAGCGAGAACGGCGUUGGUGGAGGAAGGAGGGAUUCCGGUGUUGGUUGAAAUUGUGGAGAUAGGAACGCAGAGACAGAAGGAAAUAGCGGUGGUGAUUUUGUUGCAGAUUUGUGAAGAGAAUGUGAGUUAUCGGAUAAUGGUGUGUCGUGAAGGAGCUAUUCCUCCGUUGGUUUGUCUUUCUCAGUCCGGUACCGAUCGCGCCAAACGAAAGGUGGAGACACUAAUAGAACUUCUACGGCAACCAAGAUCAAGCAACCCCACUGCACGUGCUUCAUAAAUGUCAACAUAUAAACCCUCCCCUAUCAUGGAGUAUCCUUUUGUGCCCAUCAAUGUACUUAACUUCACCAAUCUAACAGAGUUAAUGGCUUAAAGCAGCAUUCAUCCCCAAUAGUAUCACUUGUAUAUACACCUUUGUAACAGAAGCUUUGUAAAAUUAUGUUACUAGUAAAUUAUACUGGAUUGGUAGUAGUAAGUGGGAUUGUCGAUCUCUUCCUUAAAGAUUGGGAUGAGUCGAUGUUGGUCGAUGGUGUGAAAACACUUCCUAAUGUCGAAUUCCAAAAACCAGCGAGAGGUUCCCCACUCUUCUUUGAUCCGUCUUAGGGCCAAGUAGCGGCCUCAACCCGAGCGGAAGUGCGAUGUGUCUAGAAACUCGGGAUCAUAAAUGGAUUCGAGUACCAUUCUGAUCGCCUCUUUCAUGAUUUUUUUCUAUAGGUAGCACUACUGUAAGCGGUGCUUUGCUUGUCUGGUUUUCAAAGAAUAUGCAUAUAAUAUACCAUGCCGUUGGCAUGACCGACUGCAUUUUUUAAUAUCAACAAAUUACCACCGUCUCGUCGUUUCAGUCGCCGGUAAGUUUUGUGUUGUCUUCACGAGGAUUUUUAGGUAGAGAGGAAAUAAAGCAGUUAUGCAUUGUUGGACUAUGAGAUCGAAUUAGAUGUAGACCAUUGUGGAGACUCAGUGAAUUGAUUGAUAAAGGUAUUGGGAGGACAAAUUAGUGUCGAUGACAGAAAUAUAUACAGGCAACAAUAAGGGUCUUGUUCCUUAAAAAAAACAAUAAGGGUCGUGAAAUUGUGUUUUGUUUAUGUUUUGGGUGUUAUUGAGAAAGGGUGAUUGCUCUUGUGUGUGUUGUUUUGUGAUAUCAUGCUGGCGAUGUAUCAAAUACUAAUCUUAAAGUUUUUUUUUUUUUUUUA